GCCAGUCAUAAAAAAUUAAAACGACCUUUUCCCUGUUUUGUAUAUAAACCCACUCCUACCCCAAAUUCAAAACUCACCAAAAUAGGAACCCUAACAAUUCCUUUUCGAUUUUUUUGAAUUUUAGGGGGAAAAUGUCGGGAAGAGGCAAAGGAGGAAAGGGAUUGGGAAAAGGAGGAGCCAAGAGACACAGGAAGGUGUUGAGAGAUAACAUUCAGGGAAUUACUAAACCUGCAAUUCGUCGUUUGGCUCGUAGAGGUGGAGUCAAGAGAAUCAGCGGAUUGAUUUACGAAGAAACUCGUGGUGUUUUGAAGAUAUUCUUGGAGAAUGUGAUUCGUGAUGCUGUUACUUACACUGAGCAUGCUAGGAGAAAGACUGUUACUGCCAUGGAUGUUGUUUAUGCUCUCAAGAGGCAAGGCCGUACCCUCUAUGGUUUCGGUGGUUAGGUUUGUUUAUAUUUCGAUGCUUAUCAGUAGACUCUUAAAGGGGCAUACUAAAUAUUUUGUAGGUGUGUGCUGUAAAUGUAAAAUUAAUGUUUUUGUGUUAUGAAAUGAAAACUUUAAACUUUGAAAUGGUUUAUUGAUUCUGAA